UCAUUCUCAAGCGUUCACUUGGCACUUGGCUUUCUUCUGUUGACGUGUGCAGCCGCUAGGAAAUGCACCGUUCUUAAUUGCCAAAAACCAAAACAGAAAUGGCAGCAAGUGUUGUUAAAGCUCCCAAGUGCCCAAGACGAGGUUCUGCCAAAGAUCUUUCUCAAAAUGCAAAGAGUUCAGAGCCGAGAGCCAGCAAUGAGGCUAACUGUAACUGGUGGCUUCUCCUGGCCCUUGUCUUUCUGGUGACUUGUGCCACCCGCUUCUACAAGGUGACUGAGCCGGAUCAUAUUUGUUGGGAUGAGACGCACUUUGGAAAAAUGGGCAGUUGGUACAUCAACAGAACCUUCUUUUUCGAUGUUCACCCUCCGCUGGGAAAGAUGCUCAUUGGACUCUCUGGAUACUUGACGGGCUACAAUGGAACGUUUCCCUUUGAGAAACCAGGCGACAAGUACAACGAAACACGUUACCAAGGCAUGAGAUAUUUCUGCACCGUACUGGGUGCUUUGAUUAUGCCCAUGGGAUUUGAUACCGUCCACGAUCUGACCCGAUCCGAUGAAGCGGCCUUGCUAUCAGCUGCUUAUCUUAUAUUCGAUGUGGGUCUCCUAACCCUAAACCAGUACAUCCUUCUGGACCCUAUUCUGCUGUUCUUCAUGAUGGCCUCAGUGUGGGGAAUGGUGAAGAUAUCAAAGACUACAGCUUCCGGAGGAUCCUAUGGACUUCGCUGGUGGUUCUGGCUCUUUUUCACCGGCACCAUGUUGUCCUGCACGAUCAGCGUUAAGUUCGUGGGUCUGUUUGUGGUCCUGUUGGUUGGUCUGCACACUGCCACCGAGCUGUGGCUCAUCCUCGGCGAUCUGGGGCAACCCAUUUGGGAGACCGUUAAACAGGUGGCCUGCCGGGCCAUCACCCUGAUCGUCUGGCCCAUUCUCCUAUACAUCCUGUUCUUCUACAUCCAUCUGAGCGUUCUCAACCGCAGCGGCAAUGGCGAUGGCUUUUAUAGUUCGGCCUUUCAGUCCAGGCUGAUCGGCAACUCGUUAUAUAAUGCCAGUAUGCCAAGAGAUGUAGCCUACGGAUCGGUGGUGACUAUCAAGAACCACAAGACGGGCGGGGGCUAUCUGCACUCGCACCACCACCUGUAUCCCAAGGGAUCGGGCGCCAGGCAGCAGCAGAUCACCACAUACACCCACAAGGAUGAGAACAACAAGUGGCUCAUCAAGCCGCACAACAAGCAGCGUUUGCCGAAGGACAAGUUACAGGUUCUUAAGCACGGGGACAUCGUCCGCUUUGAACACGUGGCGACCAGGAGGAAUCUUCACUCCCACGGCGAACCGGCGCCUGUGACCAAGAAACAUCUGCAGGUCACAGGGUAUGGCGAGCUGGGCGUAGGCGAUGCCAACGACGCCUGGCGAGUGAUGAUUGUGGGUGGCAAAGUCAACCAAACGGUGCACACGGUGACCUCCCGUCUCAAGUUGAUCCACCUGCUGGAAAACUGCGCUCUGACUUCCAGUGGGAAGCAGCUGCCCAAGUGGGGAUUCGAGCAGCAAGAGGUGUCCUGCAAUCUUAACGUGCGCGACAAAAACGCCCAGUGGAAUAUCGAGGACAACGAACAUAAGUUGAUGCCCAGUGUAAGCUUCAGUGUGUAUGCUCCCGGAUUCUUUGCCCGGUUCCUCGAAUCCCACGCCGUGAUGCUUCAGGGAAACGCUGGACUGAAACCCAAGGAAGGCGAGGUGACCAGCAGGCCCUGGCAGUGGCCCAUCAACUACAGGGGUCAAUUCUUUUCUGGCAGCACUUACCGCAUCUAUUUACUGGGAAACCCCUUGAUCUGGUGGAGCAAUCUGGUUUUUCUGGCUCUAUUUGUUGCUGUUUUCCUGUACAACGCAGUUGUGGGGCAAAGAAGAGCUGGCUUUGCGCGUGCUCUAGCAGAAACUCAAUCUCAAACACAAUCAGAAAUUGUCGCUCAGGGUGAGGAGAGUGAGCCCUCAACCACAGACGCCUGCAGUUGCUGUCCCUCGCCGGAGAAGAAACCCCAGAAUGUGCUUCCAAGAGGGGCCAAUGAUCCAGACCCGUCAGCAAUGUCCUUGCGAGCGGCUGCCUGGCUUUUUAUGGGCUGGGUGCUUCACUAUCUACCCUUCUGGGCGAUGGGCAGGGUGUUGUACUUCCACCACUACUUUCCAGCUUUGAUAUUUAAUUCCUUGCUAACGGGCAUAAUGUUCAAUUACAUUAUGAGGUCUCUGCCCAAGUGGAUCCAGCACGUUCUCCUUGGAGUGGUUUUAUCGAUCCUGGUCUUCAGCUUUGCCGCAUUCUCGCCACUGGCCUAUGGGAUGAGUGGUCCCCUAGCCAACGAACCCAACUCCACGAUGCACAAUCUCAAAUGGCUAUCCACCUGGGAGUUUUAGUUAUUAUUAUAUAUUAUAUAUGCAUACUAAUAUUAUUAUUAGUUUG